AUGUCAAAUUUACAAGAAGUUAAGAUUGUGUAUUUUGCAACAGCUCGAGAUGCGACAAAUUUAUCAUCAGAAACAAUUUCUUUGAAUAGUAAUAACGAUAAAAAUAAUAUAACAACACUUCAAGAAAUCAUAAAUAUAUUAAAAAGUCGACAUAAAAACCUUACACCAAUACUUGAGAAUUGUAUGUUUGCAAUCAAUAUGGAAUAUGUUGAUAAUGUUGAUAAGAGCAUGAUAAAAUCUGGUGAUGAAGUUGCAAUAAUUCCACCUGUUUCUGGUGGAUAA